CUGAGCUCCAGGGGGUUGGUGUUUGUGUUAAUUCAUUCUUUCCCCUUCGUUUUCGCGUUGCGUUGUGGCCUCACGCCCAGCACCGGCCCGCCCAUUUCUCUUCCUCUAAACGAAGUUUUAGCCCCAAGAAUGUAUGCUGGAUUUUAAAUUCCUAGGAAGGAAUUUGUUUGAAGGGGAGAGGGUUUAGAUUUUACCGUUUAUUUAUUUAUUUUUGGUAAGAGUGGAGGUGAGGGGAAUGGCUGGACGUUUAGAGAUGUCUUAGAAGCGAUACAGGACACAAGAAGACCAUCUCCCUCCUCACCUGAUCCCUGGGCAGGGGCAUCAGGGAGCUGCAGGAUGAGCCUUCUGUUGGUUAUUUUAUAUAUAUAGAUAUAGAUAGAUAGAUAUAGAUAUAUAGUCUAGUACUGAGCUUUAUUUGAUUCAUUCCAAUUAGGAAUUCUUUUUUUUUUUAAAGAUUUAUUUAUUUAUGCAUACAAGAGCUGGGGUACAGGCCAGAGGUGCAGAGAGGGUGGGAGGAUUCACCAGAGACAGAGUGGGGAACAGAACAAGCAGAUUGAACAAAGUACACUGCUGAGGGGAGCAGUGGGCAAGUCAGGAGAGGUCUACUGCGCCAUGUGGGUUGCUCCCUCGCUGGCUGGGGAUCGAACUUGUGCUGCACAGGUUGCUGAUAGUUUCAUAGGUUGCGUUUUAACCCCUUGUGCCACCAGGGAGGCCCUUCUGUUGGUUAUUCUGCAGGACCUGAGCUACCUGGCUCAGGAGAAAGAAUCCAGGAAGAUGGGCUGGAUCUCUUUUUCUCUGCCAGGUGUGCUCACCUUUGCAGUCUGGCUCGAGUUAGCCUGGUGUACCUGAAGGAGGUGAGGGACACCUGGUAUCCCCUCAUAGCAGAAGUCGUCUCACUAUGAGGUUUGGCCCCUGUGGAGUCAAGUGUGAAAGUGGGUGCUUUCUGUUGGUGGUGGUGAAUGCUGCUGUCAUCUCAGUUUGAAUGGAUGGAUGGAAAUAGAGAGAGGAACCUGGCUCAGGCCACCAGGGUUCAAACCUCCUUUGACCCCUUUCUACAGGUGGAAGGAACAGGUGCCCGGAACAGGAGUGUUACCUCAGGCCUGGCACAUCCUUGGAUAGGAGAGAGACAACUUGGACAACUAAGAUGGCCCAGGGAUGGUGGGACCCUCCGUGGAGCCAGCCCCAGGAUGCUCUGCGGGUGUGGCUGACCAGCUACCCAGGCCCGGAUGCCGCCGCCCCGCUAGGAUCGCUCCCCGAGGGCCGCCGGUGGCCCCGCACCCCAGACUUCUGACUCAGGGACCCUGCCGGCCCCACACCUACCAGGCCGCCAGGGGCCGGCGGAGGCCAGGGAGUGAGCUUGCCAAGCCCGCGGCGCGCGCUGCGACGGCACAAGGACCCGGGGGAAGGGGCUCGGCGCGGGCUGGAAAUCUUUUAGCGCAGCGCCUCGGAAAAAUGACCAGCCUGUUCCGUCGGAGCAGCAGCGGCGGGGGCGGGGGCGGGGGCGCUGCCGGGGCGCGAGGGGGCGCGGGCGCGGGGAGCAGCGCGGCGCCCACCUCGCAGGAGCUCAACAACAGCCGGCCGGCCCGCCAGGUGCGCCGCCUCGAGUUCAACCAGGCCAUGGACGACUUCAAGACCAUGUUCCCCAACAUGGAUUACGACAUCAUCGAGUGCGUGCUGCGCGCCAACAGCGGCGCCGUGGACGCCACCAUCGACCAGCUGCUGCAGAUGAACCUGGAGGGCGGUGGCGGCAGCGCUUACGACGACAGCUCCGAUUCAGAUGACAGCAUCCCCCCAGAGAUCUUGGAGAGGACUUUGGAACCUGAUAGCUCUGAUGAAGAGCCCCCGCCCGUGUAUUCCCCGCCAGCCUACCACAUGCACGUGUUCGACAGGCCUUACCCUCUCGCUCCCCCUACUCCGCCUCCCCGCAUUGAUGUGCUGGGCUCUGGACUCCCUUCCAGCCAGAGGCGCUAUCGGAACUGGAACCCACCCUUGCUGGGCAACCUCCCUGAUGACUUUCUGCGCAUUCUGCCCCAGCAGCUGGACAGCAUACAGGGUAACCCCGGGGGCUCCACGCCCAGGAGUGGAGACGGGGGUCUGCCCCCCACAGCCGGGCUGGGAGCCCGAGACCAGGAGAGCCGCUGGAAGCAGUACCUGGAGGACGAGAGGAUCGCACUCUUCCUGCAGAACGAGGAGUUCAUGAAGGAGCUGCAGCGCAACCGCGACUUCCUUCUGGCCCUGGAGAGAGAUCGACUGAAGUAUGAGUCCCAGAAAUCCAAGUCCAGCAGCGUGGCUAUAGGAAAUGAAUUUGGCUUUCCCUCCACUGUCCCAGGAACCAGCGACACAAACCCCACUGUGUCUGAAGAUGCCUUAUUCAGGGACAAGUUGAAGCACAUGGGAAAAUCCACCCGGAGGAAGCUGUUUGAACUGGCCAGGGCCUUCUCAGAGAAAACCAAGAUGAGGAAGUCAAAGAGGAAACACUUGCUGAAGCAUCAGUCACUGGGAGCUGCAGCUUCAACAGCCAACCUCCUGGACGACGUGGAGGGCCAUCCCUGUGAUGAAGACUUCCAGGGAAGGCGACAGGAGGUGCCCAAGGUGGAGGAAACCCUAAGGGAAGGACAGUAAGAGAUGCCAGCAAUUCUCUCCAGAGAUGACCUGACCCAGCGGAGGCCGCCGGAAAGCAAAACUGGCCCCAGCUGAAGGGCCCAGCUGCCGCCGGACAGAUGGUGCUUGAGUCUCGAGGCCCAGUGAUUCUCCGGCCACAGUCCAGCCCAGCCACUGCCACUUUCCAUGGGACUAAGAACUUCGGAGUUUCGUGCUGUGAUUGAAGGGGUGGGGGGCAGCCAGCCACAGCCCUUUUGUUCAGCCAGGCUGUGCUAGGGGCAAUGAAUGAAAGCUGACAUGGCUGGAGUCUCUUUGACCAGAAGCUGGAGCCCAGCCUCCCUCCCUCAUCUCCCCAGCUGGGUCACAGGCGUUGCCCAACCCCCUACUCCCCUCCCCACCUCUCUUCUGGGCACCCCAUGUGUGCUCUAUUCCCACACUACCUGCAUCUCAGCCAUUCCAGUGGCUGCUGACCCUGAGCAACCCCUGCAGAGCUCUGGGCUGGGAGAGUGGGGGCUGCCACUCCCCCACUCUGAGGAGUGCUGGACCUCCAGAGGGGGCCCUCACAGGGAUGGGGAGGGUGGCCACUCUGGAGCUGGUGAGGGCUCUUGUUAGGUGGGGGCAGUCUACUUUGGCAGAAGGCAAAAAGCCGGUGGGACCCUGGAGUCACCCAGCUCAGGGCUCACAGGGGCUCUGACACCCCAGCUGGACCAGAAGUCCUGCUGCCCCCUCAGGGCGGGCAGUGAAGGGUAAUGAAGUGACCCUCGUCGAGAAGAAUGCAGGACUAGGGAGCAAAGAGCUGCCAGCCUAGGAGGGAGCACCUGGCGGGUACCCCUUGCCAAGAGCAAGAAAGUGGACCCGAAGAGGACUUUUACCGGUUCUCUGAAUUUUACCACGCGGCCGACCACUGCCAGCCCGAGGGAAGCGCCCCAGUCUUUGGCCCCGCGGUCCCGUCUAGAAGAAGCUGCUCUCUCCGGAGAAUACGGAGCCCUGGGCAGGCCCCAGGCUUCAGGGCCCCGGAGCGCGGAACCUGCCCGGGUCAAGAGCGGGAGGCUGGGAGUGGGAAGCCUUGGCAGGGCCCCCGCGGCCGCAAAUCACCCCGAGAUAAUGAGGGCGUGGCGGGCCCGCGGCGGAGGCGAGACCGCGAGCGCUC